AGUCACGUCUUAUCUAUAAAUUUGACGCCAUUUUUUCCUCUUCCUGAGAUCGAAGGAGCUCCGCGGUGGAACCGUCGGGUUGAAAAAUGUUGCUGAGAAGCUCGUCGACGCCUGUGCUGAAUUCAUGGAUGCCGAACACCACGGCGGUGUGUUCGUCGCCGGAGUGCGAUUCGCUGCCGCAGCUGACGAGAGCUCGAUCGGUGUGCCUAUCGACCUCGCUGGAUGAUAGUUCGGGGAGAAGCACGCCGACGCGAUUGGCGAUCGAUUCAGAUCUGAAAGACCUCGUCAAGCCGAAGAAGAGCCUGCGGCUGCCGGCGACGCCGCCACCGCCGCCGCCACCGAAGCCGUCGAAACUUCAGGAGAAGAGCGAAGAACGGGAAAUCAUCUCCUUCUUCCUGUCCAGCUCAGGUUUGGGCGCGCCGUUGGAACAAUCGUCCUGUUUCUCCGCGAAGGAGAGGGAAAGUACUCCUCAGACACUCGUAGUAGGCGGCGGCGGCGGCUCCGCAGUGGGAGGCGGUGGUAGAGGAUCCGACGACGGUUCGGGUUGGGGAUCGCAGGAUCCGGACAGCUGGCAUGGGCAGACUGACACGUAUUAUGAGGCGAUGAUUGCAGCUAAUCCUGGGAAUGCUCUUCUGUUGGCAAAUUAUGCUCAAUUUUUGAAACAGGUGAAGAAGGACUAUGUGAAAGCAGAGGAGUAUUAUGGUAGAGCAAUUCUGGCUAACCCUGGUGAUGGCAGUGUGCUAUCAAACUACGCCGAUCUAAUAUGGCUGACGCAGAAGGAUUCCAUUAGAGCUGAGGCUUAUUUUGAUCAAGCUGUUCAUACUGAUCCCAAUGACUGCUAUGUCCUGGCCUCAUAUGCUCGAUUCUUGUGGGAUGUCGAGGAUGAAGAGAACGACGAAGCCCCGAAAAUCGAACAUGCAAAUACUUCAGUAGCUUCCCAGUUGUUCCAAGAAGGAUCUAAUUGGCCUCCUCUUGCUGCAGCUUCUUAAUUAAUUCCUCAAAUAAGUCUUCUGCUUCUUACACACAGAUAUAUAUAUAUAUGUAGAUAUGUAUAUCAGUUUUGGAAUUGGUUUUGACAUGUUUGUAAAUUUAGACAUUUCGAUGUAACAGCAUAGCAAUCUUACAAGCUCUAAUUUCGUCUGUAAGUUUGAAAAUCAUGUAGUAAGUAAUAAGAUCAUAUGGCUUAAUUAAA